AUGAAGUCCUUCUAUUGUCUUGCUAUUGUUCUGGUGUCACUCCUUUCGUGUGUACAGGCCCAAAAUUACACUCGCCCAAAUGACCUCGAAAUCACGCAGGCCCAAGCCGAAAAAUAUAAUUGCGACCGUCUCUGCCAGGAGAACCUACAACAUUACGAGGCAUUGGACCGUCAAAUAUUUGGCAAUGUUCCCUUCGAUUAUGAAUUCUACGCAACUGGGGCCAACUUCACUCAUUCACGACCCGGGGACUUGUUAAAACUCCUGCAGCAGAAUGAAUCCAUGUAUGACAUCCCACCUGGAACGUCGUUAUGGCUUAUGCAAUACACAUCCGUCGAUGUCGGUGGAGUAGCGGUCCCAGCGACUGCCUUUAUUGCACUUCCCUACACGGAGGCACCAAGAGACAAAGUCCGUCUCGUCGCUUAUGCCCAUGGAACUAUUGGAGUUGUUCCCGCUUGCGCUGCAUCGUCGUCUUACAAUGGAUAUGACUAUCACUCCUGGCAGCUUCUCACGGCUCCCGGAUAUGGUGUGGUUGCUACAGACUAUGCAGGCCUCGGAAAUAACUACACUUCCCACAAGUAUGGCAACCCUGUUAUUAACUCUGAGGAUAUUUAUUUCUCGGUCGUUGCUGCUCGGAAAGCCUUUCCGGGAGUCUUCACUACUGGAUGGGCCUCUGUCGGACAUUCUCAAGGAGCUGGAGCUGUCUGGGGACUUAGUGAGAACCCUCGCAUUAAUACCACCGAAAGCGGCGAGUACUUGGGAGGAGUUGCCGUCGCUCCUAGCGCCAGGUUGAAUGAUCUCCUCACAGCUGUGCCCCCUACGGUGGGAUACGGCUUCGGCGAUUUGAUCGUGAACAUAUUCAGGGCUCUUGACUUCCCGAUACAACCAAUCGUUCUCACCCCGGCCGCUCUGGACCGUUAUCCGCUUAUGUACAAACUUGGUCUUUGCGACGAUUCUUAUGCGGAAUUGAAUGCUGACCUUCCAAACCAUGGCAUUGUUGACUCUACGCCUGCCAUUGAUCAACACAAUCAUGAAGCUUAUAUCGCAUUCCAAAACAAGUAUGGCGCGGCAACCGGAAGAAAAGGAUACAAGGAGCUUCUCGUUGUUCAAUCUACCGACGAUGAGGUCGUGAAUGUUACUGCUACGGAGAAGGCGUACGAAUAUGCGUGCAAGAUAGGCAAUAUCGUUCACCUAAGUUUAUAUUCGGGACUUGACCACGAUUCUUCAGCCGCCGCCUCAUCUCCAGAGUGGCUUCAAUGGCUAGAAAACAGAUUUAUGGGCGUGAGAUCUCCAGACGCAAAUCAAUGCGUGGUCAAGAAGGUAACUCCGUUGCUCGAUACUUUGGUUUGA